AUGAAGAAUAAACAGAUACUGAUGGACUUACCCCGUCGACUUAGAGUCUAGAUUUGAAGGAAAUGUGAGUGUGGAUUCAAGGUAGGUUAAAAGAUUUACCGUGAUUCCUUUUGAACAUAAGCAGGGCUGAUAUGCGCUCCUGCGUUGCUAAGUUUGUCCGAUAAUUUUUCCUUUACCUCUUCCAGGUGUGAAUGCGAGCAGUGUGAUACUGAAAUGCUGGUCGGUGCCCUCGAGUUUCGAUGUUUCUAAUUCGUCCGCGAAAUUGAUGUUUGAUGGUUCGAUCGAACGAAUCAAUUGCAUUACCAAACAUGAAGACUUAAACGCCAUUACGAACCGCGCCGUUCUUCUGCAAGUCGCUCCUCUCCUAAGACGCCAAUAUGGAGGAACCUAUCGUCGCCGCAGUGGAGGGUCAGAAAACGAGUAAGGUUUUUUUCCUUCUAAAUAUGUAGUUCUAUGUCAUUCUUGUUUUAAUCGCUUGAUCUAAUAAUUGAGAUACUUGUGGUUUCAUAUUAAUUUUUUAAUUCUCCAGUCAUAAGAAACGAGUCUCCUGUCAUUCAGUUAGGAAUGAAGGUCCGGUAAUUACUUGAACUGUAGAUGUCUUCAUUUCUCACUUUUAUGUUUACAUAUAGGUUCAUCAGAGCCGUUGCAUAUAGAUGGACAACGAGGUGGCUUUGUGGGUACAUAGGCUGGGAAAACAGACAACCUCUCCCAGCUUGUGUUUAUCACAGUGUAAGGAAAAAAUACAACACACAACAACACAGGGGAUAUGCUAAUGUCCAGGAUGGAAAGGAGCAUUGAACUCUUGUAAAUGUACUUCAUUGGUCCAUGAAAAAAAAAUUUGUGAUAAAAAAAUGCUCCCGGUUUAGUUUCAUUUGCAUGGGC